AUGGGUUCGUCUUCCUCGAAUUUAGCGGAUCAAAAGGAGUUAUUAUACUCUAUAGCAGAUCAGAGAUGUUACAUUAACUAUUCUCCAAAGAAAACUGUUUAUGAAUGGCAUUUGUUAGUUGAUGAAAGUUCUUAUGCAUUGGAAAAAGCUAAAAGACUUCGUUCACAAUAUGAGUUAUUGUAUAAACCAAGACAUCGAUUAAUUGAAUUCCUUCGACAGUCAAAUACGAUAAUAAAAGAUUCAGUUGAUGCAUUUCUAAAAGGUUAUCUCAACGAGUUUGUUGAUGAAACAGUUGGUGAUGACUUGAGAAUUGCUAGUGAAAACAAUGAACCAGCAUCUGUGCUUCGAGCUUAUUCUCGUUCACAAUCAUUCACCAAAAAAAUCCACAGUGAUAUGGCGAAAAAUACGUAUCAUCAAUUUACACUUUAUUGCACACCACUUAAUUGUAAUAUUUUAGCACGGACACAUGACAGUAUUCAGGCUUUUAUUACUAUUUUAUUUCAUCCAAAAUUAGAUUGUUACCUAUGUAAAAAAGAUAUCAUUGUGUAUCGAGGAGCUGUUGUUGAUGAUGAACGUGUGUUGGAAGGAUAUGAAAAAAAUUCCAUAAUUAUAUCAACGACAUUUCUAUCGACUUCGACUGAUCCGCAUGUUGCUGGUAUGUUUGGUGGGUGCGAUACCGACGCUUCAAUAUCGAAUAAUAUAUUGCUUUUGUGCACAUACAAACUUCAUAAUAAUGGAAGAACAUCUCUAAGAAUGGAAAGCGAAUCAAAUUUUGAAGAUGAAAAGGAAAUAUUAAUCUUUCCGUAUAUUCCAUUUCAAAUUAUUUCCAUUAAAAGAACUCAAAUCGGACCGAGCAAUAGGCAAAAAGUCGAAGUGGAGUUUGAAGAGAUCAGUGUUGAUAAAAUUGAUCAUCAAAAAUAA